AUGUAUCUCACGGCAAUCAGCAGGCCUUUGUUGGCAUGCUCGCUCGCUGUAGCCCUCGAUCUCGUCGCGGCCAUACCAGAGCUCGCUUUUCCGCUUAAUUCUCAAAUCCCGCCCGUUGCAUACGUGGCGCAGCCCUACAGUUUUGCAUUUUCCGCCAACACUUUUACCUCGAGAGCUCCGCAGAUCUCCUACACGUUCACACAAGGUCCAAAGUGGCUUGACCUUGACAGUGCUUCUCGCCAGUUCUCAGGAGUCCCUACCGGAAGCGACCUGGGCACCACAACUUUGCAACUGGUUGCUUCAGAUUCGACAGGACAGUCGUCAACGAGCGUUACAUUUAUUGUGCUUGAGUCUCCCACAUUGAAGCUUAAUGCACCCCUUUUGCCUCAACUAGAGAAAAGCGGCAUCGUCUCUCCGCCGAACUCAUUACUUGUCCAUCCGCAGCAGCCAUUUCAUCUUGCCUUCGAAAAAGAUACCUUUAGCGGCGCUACAUUUGGUACAAGAUACUAUGCAGUCUCGGUGGACAGCAGCCCCCUGCCCCCGUGGGUGGAGUUUGACGAAUCCCAGCUCGCGUUCUCGGGCACAACCCCUGCGUUGGUGUCCUCUCUGGCUGGACCCGAGACGUACGGCCUAAGACUCGUUGCUUCGAACGUACCUGGAUUUGCGGAAUUGAGCAUUGGCUUUCAAAUUGUCAUUAGCCGUAGGCUGCUGGCAUUUUCAACUGCUUUUCAACAUAUCCGCAUUUCCACUGGUGUACGAUUUGAAUCUGUGCCGCUGCGGCCCUUGAUCACACUCGAUGGGGACCCUGUCAGGGACGAUCAGAUUGUCAGUAUAGACGCGAAUGUUCCAGCAUGGGUCGAGUUGGACAGAAAACAAGUGUCUCUGCGCGGUAUCCCUGAUGCUUCUGUCAGCGCUACUAUCACCAUCAGCGUCACAGAUAUCUAUGAUAAUGUUGCCAAUGCGACCAUCUUUCUCGAAAGUACUGGAGCUUCAAGUGUAUCUCUCGGGACCAUAGGCGUCGUGAACCUUACAGCCGGCGAAUACUUCUCAUACACUUUGAUCGCCCCCACCUUCUCUCCUUCGAUUCACGACAUGCCUGUUUUAGGCAACGCAUCUGUCUGGCUUGACUUUGACGCUCAAACCUGGACUCUGUCAGGGCUAGUGCCCUCAGAUCUAUCUCCCCAGACACUAAAUAUUACCAUCACAUUUGUAAACACAACAACUAAUGCUACGGGAGAUGUGAUUCUACAUGUACUUCAGAAAGCCUUCGUUACUGCAACAACACCAACGCAUACCACGCAGACAUCAAAUGUUCCGGGAGCUAGCGACACAAGCAAAGGGUCUGAAGCAGCAAUGAGGUCUUUGAAUGGGAACGCAGCGAACAGACGUGUGCUGCACAUCGUACUCGCCGUUGUCUUUUCUCUUGUUGGAGCCUUGCUUGCAGCACUUGUGAUUCUAUGUUGGCUCAGGAGGAGACGUAAGAAAAAUGAGACUGGUGAGACUUCUUUUGAAGGAAGGCCCGCGCUUGUCAAUGGUCACUCACAUGAGCCACCGAACCAACUGCCACUAGCUAUGGCAACGUCUAACCAUCUCGCCAGUGCCCAGGGUACCGCCGCUCCUGGGCCGCUGAGAAUGGUUCAUGCAUGGUCAAACGAUUCCUUGCAGAACUCUAGGCAGAGAUUAUCGGGCACAGGGCGUCUAGAUCCUCUUUCGCAACAUCGCACUUCACAAGUGCUCCCCCCGAAUCGAGUUCCGGUUGCCCACCCUGAAGCUGCCGAGGAAUUUGACAGGGCGGUGGAUUCAGCAUUUGAAGCUUCGCCUGUCAACGCGAGGCUGUCGCCCCCUAGACUUCCAGCCAUACCGAGCCGAUUCUCGGCAACAGAUCUUGAGAGUCAGCAGAGGAAUUCGCCAAACAGUCCCCGCCUAAAUGUGGUGUCAUGCGUGGUCGGCUUGCCGGACAGGAGCAGCGGCGCUGGGCAUGGGGCCGGUAUCCUUAUCCCUCCUGAUAUCGAUCAGACGUCUUGGCGGAAUACUUGGGCAUCUAACUUCUUGAGUGAGCGCAGGAGGACUACAUUGGUGUUGGACUCAUUCCCUGCGCCUCCCGUGGAGGGAUCGGCCUCGGCUAGAACUGGGUCUAAGAGUAAGAAAUCGGUUCCCGUACUCCGAAUUGUUCCAGAAGAUAGCAGUCAACCUCUAUCCUUUGAGGAGCUGCGUCAGAAGUGGCAUACGGAACGUGCACGGGCUAAACUAGAAGGGUCUGCAAGGUUUUCAAAUGCAGGCUCGGCGCGGAUGAUGGCCUCACCGAGAACUAUGUUGUGUUCUAGAAACGCGGCAGCGUCUGCGAACCAAGAUCCGCCAACAUCAACAUCAAGGGCGAAAGAGUCCAAAAUCGUGGACAUCCAAGCAUCUCGCGAGCAUUCACGGUCAAGGUGGUCUGGCGUUGGGCUGGGGGCUCCAGGAACCGCAAGAGGAGGCAGUCUGUUACACUCUUACACGGGGCAUUCACCAACGUUGAGGACGAAGCCCAGCAUCGCGAGCAGCGGGCAGUUUGAAUCAGUCGCUUCCUCAGAUGGCCACUUGGAGGACGAGAAUACGCCUGUCGAAGAAACAGCAGCGGAGCCCAGACAGUGGCAGGCGGACAACAACUCGCAAUCUUCACCACGGAUACCAUUCAACAUCCUUUCACAUUCACGAGAAAAUGUAAGGAACAACGAUUCCGAUGCCGAUGCGAGGCAUCGAGCGUCGCUGGCUGACGGCCGCAAACAUAUAAGUGUUGAAGAAGGCGGACUGAAGAGGACCCAGGGCAGCCGAAGAGGGAGCUUUCGGUUUAUAUGA